GACAAUUUUGUUAAAAACUAUAUGUCUGUUCCUGCUGCGCUCUCCACCGGCCCUCUAGUUUCAUUUCUCGAUUUCUUAGGAGCCUCACGCUCGAGCGAUCGCCGAAACAAAGAACUGAACAGCAGUGAAAAAGUCGCAGUUUUCUUUUGACGAUCUGGCAACGCAAGGUAUUAUGCGACGUGGUCAUGGGAGGACUGUUUUCAUUUCUGAUAAUGUUGCAGACAGACGAAGUUCUGCUCUGUCUAGAAGAUACUCAGAACAGACCAUUCGCAAGCUUCCUUCAAAGGAAAAUCUUGUAAUUGUUCCUGUCUUGAGGAAUUGUGAAGAGAGCAGGCGGAUUUUUCUCAGAUUUCUUACACCCGACGUUCAUUUGUCGAGAAUGGUAGUGCCUUUUACUUCAUUCAAGCAAGGGCCUGAAUUAAUAAAUGAACAGGGUUCUCAAAAUCCAGUUCAUGCAGAUAUGUUGGACUGUCACAAUUCAUCAUAUCUGCAACCAACUAUAUUUGUCCAGUUUGAUUUUCAGAAAGAAGGUAGUCCCAUUCCUAAGGAAAAUCCAUCGGUUAUUUCUGAUUCCCCUCGGACAGUUACAGACUACAGAUCCCCCAGCUCUAAUGUUCUUGGAGAAUCCCAUAGGUUAUCCAGAAACAAAUCUAUUAGGGAUAGCCUCAAUAACUCACUGCCUAUUGCUGCACCGAAGGAGUCCUCUUGGCUCAAUUAUGGCUCUGAUAAUAUAGCAUCGAAUAUCUCAGCUGAUGCAACUAGUAAAGUAGAUAAACCUGCAAAACUAAGUUCAAAAAAGAAAAGAAAAAAGAAGCGAAAACAAUAUAAAAGAUCCAUGAAUAACAAGGCAUCCAUUAAACCAGAAAAUCAGGGUGAAGAAGUCAACUGUGAUGCUUCAAAAUCUGAAAGCUCCACUAGCGGUGAUCUAGUUUGUUCGUAUGCAUCUGAAAAUAACUUGUCCUUGGUUGUUCCUUGUCCGAGCUUGGUUGUUCAAGAAACUUGUAGUGAAGUUUUGGAGCAACUUGAAUGCAAUGGUAAUGAUUGCUCAGGCAUGUUAUCAAGCUCAGUGGAAGAGACAUUAGACAAAAGCAUCAAUGUUUCUAGAAAGCCAGUUUCUCUACCUUAUGACUUUACUGAUGCUGAGACAGACAAGAUAUUGUUUCAGGUUGUAAAAUCAAGCUCUAACCAAUCUUGUGAAUUGAGCUUGUCCACUUCUCUUCAGAAUAACCCUGAGAUUGAUAUGACUAACGAUUCUCUUGUUGAUUGUGGAACGGAAUGGUCCCUUGCAAAUGAUGGCGGAUUUAAUCCAUUGGCUGAUAUGAUGACUUUCACUUCAAGGAAUGUUUCGGUUGAAGGUGAAUGCAAGGAUAACUCUUAUCAAGAUAAUGAUUUAUCCAGCAGCUGCCGUGUCAAUUGCUCUGACUGGGAAAAGGAUGUUGCAGAUAUUGAUUGCUGUUCCGAAAGACUUUUUGAUAGCAGCCAAGCUUCAAGCAGUGACGAUUUCCAUCCAGUUAUUUAUACUAAGAGAGGAAGGCUGGCAAGAAAGCUUUCUGGGUUUUCAAAUGGGAUGCAUAGACUCAAUAAUGCCCAUUUGCAUCGGGGCUUUGAAACAAAUAAUAAACAUUCUAUAUGGCAGAAGGUAGAAAAGGCUGGCACUUCAGCGGUAACCCGUCCAAGAAAUAAUGGUAAAAUUGUGUCACGAAAUGCUGAUGUUUCGUUAAAUUGCCUGGACCCAAGGGUUCAACAGCUUAAUGAGCUAAAGCAAAGUAGGAGGGGAAAAUCUUUCAGAUUUUCUUCUAAUGAAUUGGAUUCCUCUCAAUCAUAUUCAUCCAUAGUAUCCUCUAUUGUUGAGGCUAAUUCAGGUCAUAUUUCAAUGGAUGGUAGUACCUACCUGGAAAAGUUGCAAAAGAAGCCCGGUUUAGCUACUACUGAGCGGGAAAACCAGUGUGCACGUCAUAGUAGUAUAAACAAUAUUAAUAUUCCUUCUAAAACUCAAGUUUUAAGAAACGAAAAUCUGGAUACUGCAGUUAAGUUUACUAAUAUUUCUCAUCAGCGGACUGACAGAGUUAACACUUUAUUAAGAUCAACCAAGAAUUCACAGAGCACAAUCCUACCGAAAGAAACAGGACCAAAUAAUAUCUGCAGCAUUCUACAAAAUACAUCUUCAAUGUCUCAAGAUAUCCUAGCUGAUUCAUCCGUGAUAGAAUUAAAAUCAGACCAAAGGCAUGCGAAUACACAUUUUGACAGUACUUCACAGCCUUCUGUUGAUAUGAGUAAAGAUCCGUGCAUUUAUAAAAGGAAGGAAGAUAUCCAAUGCCAGAGAUUAGAUAUGGAAACUACUCACCUAGAAACUAGCAGAAGAGACAACAAUUCUGGGUCUCUAUUACAGAAGUGCAUCCCAACUGGGGGACAGGAUGUAGUGAUUACUAGAAGUCAAAUGGAUGAUCAGCCAUAUUCUAGUGUCCAUAACUUAGUUCCUCGUAGUCUAAACUCGAGCUUUACUGAUGACCUCAGUUCAAAUCCUCAUAGUUUGGUCUAUUUGUCUACUAGAGAAAUACAAUGUUCAAGUCCCUCGUCUAGCUAUGCGGAUUGCUCAUCUCCUGAAGAGGGUGAACUCAUCAACAAGCUUGAUAGUCAACCUUGUACGUCAUCUGAAGAGUCCAGUGAUUUCUCAUCUCCAUCUGGUUGCCAUUUUUCUCUUGAAACAAAGGAACAACUUUUUCCAGGCUUUGAAACUGAUUUGAGCAAGAUAAUUGAGGCAGUCGAUGGAUCAUACAAGUUAUUGGUUGCAGCUGAGGGUGUUCAGCUGGCUACUGGUAGUCCGCUUGCUGGAUUUGAGAGAUUACUACAUUCUGCAUCACCACUUAUUGAAACAGACUGCAUCAGCAUGUGCAAUAUCUGUUCUCAAAGUCAAAUCAUUGGAAAUUCUUUGUGCUCCCAUCAAGUUCCCAACAUUUCACUGAGAAGACUGUGGCAAUGGUAUGAGAAGCCUGGCAGUUAUGGAUUGGAAGUUAAGUUAGAUGAAUUGUAUACCUCAAAGAGAUCACGGACUGGUCUUUCUAAGUUUUCAGCUUAUUUUGUACCAUAUCUUUCUGCUGUACAAUUAUUUUCCCGAUCUAGAAAGUCCAUCAAUCAUCCUAACAAUGAUACAGAAGGAGAUUUGAUGAAAACUUGUGAUGUUUGUGACACAUGCAAAUAUUCGACUAGUUUGGCUUCACUUCCUAUCUUCUCAAAGCUUUUGCCACAACCAUGCAAAAAAGAAGAUACAAGGCCAACAAAACUUUAUUCGUCAAGCAAAAAUAAAGAAUUCAGUGAAUCAAUGUUUAGGGAGCAAUUGGCUGAUGAGUUGCUAUUUGAAUAUUUUGAUUCGGAUCAGCCACAGAAGCGGAGACCAUUAUUUGAUAAGAUUCAAGAGCUUAUUCUCAAUGAUUCAUCAUCUAAUUGCCACUUAUUUGGGGAUCCUUCAAAGUUGGGGUGUCUAAAUCUGAAAGAACUCCAUCCUGCCUCUUGGUAUGCCGUGGCAUGGUAUCCUAUCUAUCGGAUACCUGAGGGCAGCUUUCGUGCUGCAUUUUUAACCUAUCAUUCUUUUGGCCAUUUUGUUCGCAGAAGCACGUCAAAUAGUACUAAUGGUUGCAUCAAUUCUGUAAUCUUGCCUAUUGUAGGUCUGCAAAGUUACAAUGCACAGGGGGAGUUCUGGUUUGAGCCAACAAAUUUAAACUCUAGAGCAGUCCAGACAGAUUCAUCCAUGCCCAAAAGUCCUUCAGGAAAUUUUAAGGGCAGAUUGCAGUCAUUAGAGAGAACAGCUUCUGUGAUGUCAAGGGCCACCAUCCGCAAGGGUAGUCUGACUUGCACAAACAGUCACCCAGAUUAUGAGUUCUUCCUCUCCAGGAAGAGGUAAGAUGUGUUAAAAGCACUAUGUCGAUUUUCUGCUUCAAUUUUUUACAAUGAGCUUAAAUCUAUCCAGUUUUUUAUUUUCACCUGAGACAAUAAGGAGAAAUGUGGUACAACAGUUAACUAAAUUUUGGUUUUUCUGUAUAUGUAUGUUGAUAGAAGUAAGCCUCUGAAUUUUCCAUCUGCUAGAAGCUUUGAUGUAAUUUCUUUAUGCUUUUGCCUAAAUUCAUAACUCCAUCAUUCUGAAUGCUCUUUCUCCAGUUGGAGCUUUAGUCAUCUGAUUUUUUUCAGUCUUAUGUAAAUAAUAGAGGCUCUCUUAUGGGAGUUUGUUCGUUU